AUGUUCGUGUCCAACGUGAGCCUUGGCGGCUGCGCGGGGUUCAACAGCGCUGUGUGCGCCGGAGCCGGGGAAGGGGAAGGGGAAGGGCACCCUGGGGUGGGGGGGGGUUCGCCCCGGACCACCCUCAGCCCCACCGGCCACCUCGUCGUGGCCGUGUGCCUGGGCUUCAUCGGCAGCUUGGGGCUGCUGAACAACCUGCUGGUGCUGGUGCUGUUCUGCCGCUACAAGAUCCUGCGCUCCCCCAUCAACCUGCUGCUCAUGAACAUCUCCGUGAGCGACCUGCUCGUGUGCGUGCUGGGGACUCCGUUCAGCUUCGCCGCCAGCACGCAGGGAAGGUGGCUCAUAGGAGAGCGGGGGUGCGUGUGGUACGGCUUCGCCAACUCCCUCUGCGGCAUCGUGUCCCUGAUCUCCCUGGCGGUCCUCUCCUACGAGCGCUACAGCACCAUGAUGACCCCGGCUGAGGCCGAUUCCUCCAACUACCGGAAGAUCUCCCUGGGAAUCGUCUUAUCCUGGGUGUAUUCCCUCGUGUGGACGCUGCCGCCGCUCUUUGGCUGGAGCCACUACGGUCCAGAGGGUCCCGGGACCACCUGCUCCGUCGACUGGACAGCCAAGACUACGAGCAGCGUGUCGUACAUCAUCUGCUUGUUCAUCUUCUGCUUUAUUGUGCCCUUCCUGGUGAUCGUCUUCUGCUACGGAAAACUGCUGUUCGCCAUCAGACAGGUGAGUGGGAUCAAUGCGUCGAUGAGCAGGAAACGGGAGCAACGCGUGCUAUUCAUGGUGGUGAUCAUGGUGAUCUGCUAUCUAUUGUGCUGGCUGCCAUACGGGAUCAUGGCCCUGUUGGCCACAUUCGGCCCAGCCGGGCUGGUCACACCUGAGGCAAGCAUCAUCCCUUCAGUCCUGGCCAAGACAAGCACAGUCAUCAACCCAGUCAUCUAUGUCUUCAUGAAUAAACAGUUUUACAGAUGCUUCCAAGCCCUGAUGUGCUGUGAAGUUCCACGACGAGGCUCCAGCGUAAAGAGCUCCUCCAAGGUCGCUACGAAGGCCGUGAGGGGGGUCGCAAUGACAGGCCCCCGUCGUUCCAACGACUUUCUAUUUAUGGUAGCCUCACUGGGCCCACCAGUUGCCACCAUGCCCCAGCUGAGGCCUUCGUGUGAACGCACUAUUGAUGUCACCAAAGCCCCAUCCUCAGACCACAAACACGUAGUCGUAUCACUGGUGGCCCACUUUGACGGCUGAUGACUGGCUAUUACCAUGAAAGUUCAAUGUCCCAAGCCAGCAGGUCAUUAAUAAUGAGAGGGUUGCUGUUGCUAAGGCUCACAGAACAGCCGUCUGCCUGCCUGCCUGUCUGGAUUCAACACAGCUCUUGCAUCAGCUCCCGUCUGUGUGGUACAGCUGGAUGGACUUGUAACAAAGGGAAACCUAGGAAUAUGUCUGGACAAUAUCAGCACAUAUCCGAAGCAGCACACCUGCAAAUGCCAGGAGCCUGUAUUUCUCUGCAGAACUCAAGGAGCUUGUUUUGGGGUUGUUUUUCUUUUUUAUUUCAUUUUAGAGAAAGCACUAUUGUAAUAAAAGAGGAAUUA